CAAGUAGUAGGUGGCAGCGUCUGAAUUUAAACCCGGGUUUUGUGCCUCCAAACUGAGCAAGCUUUCUGCUGAGCUCCAUUGCUUUCUCCGGGCACACGACGGUUAGCUGAGGCGCGCUCCCUGACUGAAACUUGGUUGGACUAUAAACUCUAGGAGGGCAGAAUCCUUAUCUCCUACUGAUCUGAUAUCCUCAACAGAGCAUCAUUUAGGAUGAGAGUUAUCCAUUAUCCCAAGCAUCUCCACUGAUUGAUCAAGGCUAAAUCCGCCUAGACUUAGUUGUACAGAUAGUAAAAGACAUCUGAAGAACUUCUGAAAGACACAGUAUACUGCAAAGAUGACUACCUGGACUUCUGGUCUUUCCAUUCUUCUCACCAUCUUGGUGGGGCAUGGCGCCCUUGGGUUUUCUUUCUUGACCUCGCUGCUGGAAAGCAUCGAUAGGGAUUGGACUCCUGAUGACUAUGAAUAUAGUGCUGAAUAUUAUGACCAUGAAACAUCUUCAAAUAAUGUAACUGAGUAUCAAGAUUAUGCCCACUGGUUUUCUACAGAAGAUCCAUGCCAGCCUAAUCCUUGUCUGCAUGGUGGUGAUUGUGUUAUAAAGGGAGACAACUUCACGUGCGAUUGUCCUGCCCCAUUCACUGGGGUGAAAUGCCAAACUGUACUCAACCCAUGCCAGAAUAAUCGUUGUGGCAAAGGAGAAUGUCUCAUUAUCCGGACUCCACCCUACUACAAAUGUGCCUGUAACCAUCCAUAUAAGGGUCCAAACUGCUCAAAAGUCAAUUCAGCAUGUAGACCAAAUCCCUGCAAAAAUGGAGGUGUCUGCAGGCGGAACAGGCGGAGAUCCAAGUUUACAUGUAGCUGCCCUGAUGGAUUCAAGGGGAAAUUCUGCGAAAUAGGUCCUGAUGACUGUUAUGAAGGCAAUGGCCUCAACUACCGGGGGAAAGUCAGUAAGACAAUUAGCCACCUCACUUGUCUUCACUGGAACUCUUACCUUCUCUUAGAUGAGGCUUAUAACAUAUUUAUGGAAGAUGCCAAGAAACAUGAUAUUGGUGAACACAACUAUUGCAGGAAUCCAGAUGGUGACAAAAGUCCUUGGUGCUUUGCUAAAUUAGACAAGAAAACAGUGAUUUGGGAGUCCUGUGAUGUCACUCCUUGUUCAUCCUCAGAUGUCUCUGAGUCCCCAUGGAAGCCUAUUGAGCUCACUGUUUCAAGUCAAAUGUUCAGCACCUGUGGGAUGCCAGAGAUAAAUGCAAAAAUCAAAAGGAUCUAUGGAGGUCUCAAGAGUAAUCCAGGCAAACACCCCUGGCAGGCAUCUCUCCGAAUGAUUCCACCAGAGACGAUCCCAACACCCAAAGGGCACUUAUGUGGAGGCGUACUCAUUGAUCCCUGUUGGGUUGUCACUGCUGCCCACUGUGUAAUGUUAAAAGCCAAGGAGCUAAGGGUUGUUCUUGGUGAUCAAGACCUGAUUAAGCCUGAAGUCAGUGAACAGACAUUUAAGGUGGAGAAGAUAUUUUCCCACCCAGAUUAUUAUGAUGACAGCGAGGUUCCCUAUAAUGAUAUUGCUUUGCUCAAAUUAAAGCCAGUGAAUGGCCAUUGUGCUCAAGAAACUAAAUAUGUAAAGACGGUAUGCUUAUCUGAGGAACCAUUUCCUACUGGGACAGAAUGCUACAUUUCUGGAUGGGGAAAGACAUCAACAGGAAAAGAGUCUCAACAUCUCCUGGAUGCCAACGUCAAACUGAUCUCCAAAUCUCAUUGUAAUGCACCUGACCAAUAUGAUAACUUGGUUGAUGACACCAUGAUCUGUGCAGGCAUACAGGGGACCGACUCCUGCCAAGGUGAUUCUGGUGGCCCUUUAACCUGUGAAAGGGAUGGUAAAUACUAUCUCUAUGGGGUUGUGAGCUGGGGCUUUCAAUGUGGAAAAAAACCAGGAGUCUAUACUCUAGUCCCCAAGUUCCACAGCUGGAUCAAAGAUACCAUUCGUGAAGAAUCUGAAUCAUUUAGAUGGUUCCUGAACUAGUAGCUGAUAGAGGCAAAAGUUACAGCACCUUCAUCACUCUACUCCUCUUCAUUACAUCAUUGCCUUGUUGGCCAAAGCUAAAACCAACAAAGAAGGUCCACUCCCAAGAAGCAAGCAAUCAGAGGAAGAAAGAACAUUGGAUUAAUCAGGAUUAGCCAAGAAACCUGUUUUAUUCCUGACUCUUCCAUUAACUAGCUGUGCUGGCCUUGGGCACGUCCCCUCUUGGGGUCUAAAAUUUCUUCAUUUGUACAAUAAAGGGGGGUGUCAUCAGAUUGUGUGGUCUCCAAGGUCCUUCCCAGAUAGAGCCAAUCAAUUUAAAAAGCUUCAAUGGGGCUGAAUAGACACAAUUUCUUAGUUUAUACUGAAUCUGUCUUGUCCUUCAUGACUCUCAAGCUAGCAUUUUUACAAUAGUUCUUCACACCUGCUCCUGCCCCCUCCCCAAUUGUCUUCUAUCAUUUCCAAGAGAAUCAAGGAAAAGACUACAAGUUCAUUUGGAUUGUUUCCUUCAGUUCAUAUGACUUUGUAGUCUGGAAAUCAGCAUUCUUAGAGCACAGGUCCAACCCAAGAACAAUUAUAACACGGAUCCUUAGAGAAUGAACCAAAGUGACUACAGUCACGUCUGACAACCUUUAUUUACCAUCAUACAUGGACCAAGUGCUAGACAGAACCAAUGUUCAAUAUGGGAUAUUAAAAUAUUGAAUUGAAAAAUAAAGAUCUAUAUUUCAUUUCAUGAUAA